AUGGCCAAGGAUGAGCAAGCUGAUGCAGCCAGUUCGUCUGACCAUCAACGCACUCAGUACCAGGGUCAGACCGUCGAUUUAAACCUCAACCUAUCACCACCUCAUCCGGUGACCCAGAACCCGGUCGCCCAGCAACCGGUCAAUUACAUCCAACCGGGGUAUCCACCUCCCGGCCCGCAGUACCCGUUCCCUGGGCAAUAUCCAUACUCGGUCCCUCCUUCACAGUAUGGGUAUUGGCCCGGCACACCAAUGUAUUAUGCACCACCGACCGGUUACCCACAAUACAUGCAUGUGCACACGGCACCCGCCUCCGCUCCUCCGAUUUACCCGACCAUGUCGACCGAGCCGGAGCUUCAGCCCGCCCCCCGGGCUAGGCGCUCGGCUCGUUCGAGGUUGGGGUCGCAGGGUGCCGAGGCCAUGGAGGAACCACGGCAGGCUUCUCAGGUGCAACCGGAGAUGCAAGCUCGGGCGGAAGACCCGGAGUUGGAAGCCAACCGGGUGGUGGCAUUUAAGCGGCUCCAUCCAGCAAUGUGGCAAAGAUUGGGACCGCAUGACCCGAGCAGGCGCUCGGUAGAUUCGCCGAUGUGA